GAACUGGGACCCGCAGUCCAGGAGAGUACUUUCUCUCUGUUUGGUGCACUUUCCCUCCCGCAACAACAACAACAACACAUCUGGGAUAUUAAAAAAAACACUUCCAAAAUGGAUUACAGCGAGGGUGAGAUGGAAGAAGAUGAAACUGAGUGGAAUAACAGUUUCGUGGAUUCAGUCACCGCUGCUGCUUCUGAUCCAAGCCUCAAUAAGACAUCAGGACCAACACCUGCUCACAGAGUCAUUCUGCAUUUCGACCUGGACUGCUUCUAUGCUCAGGUGGAAAUGAUCAGAAACCCUGCACUGAGAGAGGUCCCUUUAGGUGUUCAGCAGAAAUACAUCGUCGUCACCUGCAACUACGUGGCAAGAGAUCAAGGUGUCACCAAGCUGAUGUCUGUGGCCGUCGCGAAGGAGAAAUGUCCUCAGCUGGUGCUGGUGAAAGGAGAAGACCUGACACGCUACAGAGAAAUGUCAUAUAAACUGACGGAGCUGCUGACGUCCUACUGUCCACUGGUAGAGAGACUUGGAUUUGAUGAAAACUUCAUGGACAUCACAAAGAUGGUAGAAAGAAGGCUAGCGGAGACACCGGAGUCGUACAACUUUUCAUUUCAAGGACACGUCUACAACCGUCUCAGUGCAGAUGUCAAAGCAAGUGAUCAUCCGAGGUUGGCUUUAGGUUCACACAUAGCAGCAGAGCUAAGAGACGCCAUCCACAGCAAGCUGGGUCUGACCGGCUGCGCUGGCGUCGCCACGAACAAGCUGCUGGCCAAACUGGUGUCGGGCGCCUUCAAACCCAAUCAGCAAACCAGCCUGCUGCCUGAGGACAUCGGCGACAUCAUGGGCAGCCUGAGCGGUGUCCGCAAAGUACCGGGGGUUGGUCACCAAACAGCGAAGCGACUUCAAGCCCUGGGAUUGGUCAGUGUGAAAGACCUUCAGCUCUUCCCAUUGGGCGACUUGGGGAAGGAGUUUGGAGGUCCCAGUGCCCAGCGCUUGAAGAAUCUGUCCCUCGGCGUUGAUGACUCGGCUGUCGUACCCACCGGGGCCCCUCAGUCUCUCAGUGACGAAGACUCCUUCAAGAAAAUGUCAACAACUAAAGACGUUUUGGAAAAGAUUCAAGAGCUCCUGAGCAGUCUGGUGGAGAGGAUGCACAAAGAUGGCAGGCCACCCCAAACCUUCCGGCUGACCAUCCGUAGAUACUCAGCGACCAACAAGUGGUUCGGUCGGGAGAGCCGACAGUGUCCGAUACCCAACCACGUGGGACAGAAGAUCACCUCCGACAGCGCUGAUGAUGCUGUGGUCCAGCUGGUCCCGUUGGCCAUGAAGCUCUUCCACAAGAUGGUGGACUGCAGCGCCGCCUUCCACCUCACCCUCAUCAACGUCUGCUUCAGCAACUUGCAGACCAGGGGAGCUGCCGUCGGCGGAAAGGGCUCCAUAACGUCUUUCUUCACACACAGCACGUCACAAAGCCAGGACGCUUCCUCAGAUCAUCAGUUGAGCGCACACGGCGUGAUGACUCAAUUCACCCCGCCUCAAAAGACAGUAGCCACAGAAAGCCCUCGUGGCUCUGGGGCAGAAUUAUAUGGGUUAAAUAGAAAACAGAGGCCUGCUGUUGCUGUAAAGAAACCUCCGCUUCAGAAAGAAUCCUGCAGUACAACGAGGUCACACCCAGAAAUCCCUCCUGGGACGCAUCGACUGCCCCCAAAUGUCGACCCCGAAGUGUUCCGGCUUCUCCCUGAGGAGCUCCAGAAGGAGCUGUUAUCACCUGCUGACACAAACUCACUCCCCGGUCUUCCAACGUGCUCACCUGCUGCCGUCAAUGUCCCCAACAUAACGACAAACAAGUCGCCGCAGUCGGUUAGCGACUCACGAAAUAUCAAAGACGUUGAAGGAGCCGUGGCGAAAUCGGACCCACCAGACUGGACGACUACCGUGAAUCGGAGGCCCGAGGGCUUGAGCGCGUUUCUGGGAGAAAACGUCACGGAAGAAGGGAGACCGUCGUUUCCUCGGCCUGCUGACUGCGAGUUCCCGGGAAAUGUGGACCCUACGGUGUUUUCUGAGCUUCCGCCAGACGUUCAGAGGGAGUUGAUGUCUGGAUGGAAGCAACAGAAGGCCGUCCUGAAGACGCCGUCAUCCAGGAAACCAGGGAGGAGAAGCCCGAUGAUCAAAGACAGAAAGGCUGCAGGAAAAGGCACUCAGGCAAACAAUCUGUUAAAGUACUUCAAACCCUGAGCUAAGGAACAUCCCUUUUGUUCUGUCUCGUUCUCAGGUGAUGUGUAUACAGGGAGUGAACAAAAUAAAAGAAACGCUUAACUGUACAGUAGCUCUGGAGCAAGACACAAGUUGGGGGCAACUACACAUAUAUUGAGGACCACGGGUACCGGGGAAAUUAUUUCUGAUGCAUCACUUACAAAUACGGCAACAUUAUGUACGACAACAUUGAGGGAGAAGUCUAAAAGAUCAUGCUGAAAAAAAGAAAAUUGCAUUGCAAAAAAAGAGGAAAAAAUCGUUAGAAUUAGAUUUACAUCAGCAUCAAUUAACACAAUUAGUUAAGUGAUCAAUGAUUUUGUUCAUUAUUGGGUUGUAACAAUAAUUCCAUUGCCCAUUUAACUUUGAGCUAAAAAUACUUUUAAAUAUAUCUCAGCAGUGGUUCAAUGCUUUAAGGUUUAGAAGUGUGCGUGAAGUCAAGAAUUAAUGUUUUCGUUCCAUAUUGAUCAAUAUCUCUGACAAUCCCGACAAAAGCAGAGAAAUGUUCGUAUUUGUGUUUCUCUUUUUUUUACGUCCACCCCUGUGAGUCAGCAGUAAUGUACCUGUUUUGAAAAUAAGAAAAUAUAUUGUUUAUAAAACUUAA